AUGAGAAAGCGACCAAUUUAUUUCGAUUGUCGGUCUGGCAGAGAAAUAAGCGAGAUGUGGAAGCUCAAGACAUCACUGAAAUCCCGGACGGAGCUGAGAUAUUCGUCGAGCGGGUGA